GGAGGGGGCUCUUGCUAACGAAGAGCGCCGACCUGGUUCUCGUCGAAAAACGACGACGAGAAUUUCUUACUCCUGCCUGCUGCCGAACAAGCAGAACCGCUUGCACCUGCUUUUGUUUUUCAUCGAGACCGCGAGCCAGAGCGAGCUGGACUUGUUUUUCUACCAGGUGUUAGAAGAGGGUAUGAUGGUUGAAGAAGAGAGACUCGUCGACCACAGCCCGCUGUACCACUUUUACCUGGACCUGCAGAACGUGUCGCCCAGGUCUAUGAAUCAAGCCUCGGAUCUGAUGCUGUCCGGUUGGAAGCACUUGGCCAAGAAGCGCGCCGCGCAAGCGUAUCUGGACCAAGUGUUCCGGAACGAGUAUAAUAGAGACGUCUUGCAGCACGACAAAGCUCUUGCCGGCAAAGCGUUUGACUUGGUUAUCAUCACCGACGGCACGCUGGUACCGUGGACCUACAGCUGGAGAAAGGCCAUCCAAAUCUUGAACUUCUCCGGUAUGCAGGACAGCACCCCGCCUUCGGAGAAGGAAGCCAUGGCGAUGGACGACUUCGCCUUCGCGAAAACCGGCCGCGGUACUACUGAUGCAGG